ACGCACUGUGAUAGUUUGCCAGUGAGUCUUCUGACGAAACGAGAAGAAACUCCGUGUCGUACAGUCAAAGUUUUAUUUCAUUCUGUCGACCCUACAAUGUCCUUACCACGCCAACUCAGGGAUGAGAGUGACUUUGACCAGCUCCCGGACAACAUUCCUAUCAGUGCUACGAUCGCUGAUAUUGAAGAGAAGAAAGGUUUUAUUGUAUACUAUAGGUUUGUUAUAGAGGUAAAGACCAAAGGAAACAGUAAAUAUCUGAUCUAUCGCCGAUACAGAGAGUUUUUCAGCUUGCAUCAGUCCUUGGAACUCAAGUUCUCUCCUGAAGCUCAGCCUGGUUCAGCUUACACCUGCAAACUGCCCUCACUGCCUGGUAAAGUAUAUGUGGGAAACAAACAAGAGAUUGCCGAGAGCAGAAUUCCCGAACUUAAUACUUACAUGACGAGGCUACUGAAUUUGCCUACUUGGGUGCUGUUGGAUGAUUUGAUCAGGAUGUUUUUCUACCAGACUGAGUCUGAUAGCCAGCAGAUUCCCAGAGCACUCCGCCGCCUUCGGCCUCCCACACGCAAAGUGAAAACCGUGAAACCCAAAACAGACCUCUUGUCCUCCCCCCGAGCUGAGGUGAUGUUUGACUUCAGUGGGAGUGGGAAGCUGGAGCUGAGUCUGAAAGCUGGUGAAGUGAUCUUCCUUCUCAGGAGAGUCAAUGCUGACUGGCUGGAGGGCACAGUGAGUGACAGGACAGGGAUUUUCCCAGAAUCCUUUGUGAAGAUCAUUAAGCCGCUGCCUGAGAGCGAGUCCGAUGAGGAAGGGCAGGGUGGGGCACGGCAUGGACGUUCUGGUCCGGGCUCCUACAGCUGCCUGCGCUGUUACCUGCUUCAGGCCCAGGCCACCGACACCAGAGAUGUGUGUGUCGAGGAAGACCUCUCCAUUCAGCCGUCUCACAAAGAUCUUGUCACACACAUGAGAGAAGUGUUUAAGUUGGAAGACAUUGCUCUGAACUACCGGGAUGUGGAGGGGGACCUGGUGCGAAUUAUAGAUGAUGAAGAUGUGGCCUUGAUGGUGCAAGAGAGCAAACGACAGGUGUCAGAGGUCAAGAGACCUGUCAAUCAAUAUCCCUGGGAACUCUAUGUUACCCUGUCUGCUGAUUUUUCUGUAUACAAUACAGAGGUUUAA